AUGCCGAGUAAGAAUGUGAAGAAGACUUGGCAGACACAGAAUGCCGAACUGCCAAUUUGUGGACAACUGAAGAACCUGACACAUCAGGCCCAAGGAAAUGGUAAGGAAGAAAAUGAGCCUGAUUCAGAACAAAUGAAUUUCGGUAAGAGUUUGCCUUCAUCAAGUAAGAAAAAGACAACUAGAUCAAAGGUUUUACAAAAUAAAGUUAACUCAGAGAAGAUGAAACCUUCUAAGAAAUUCUCACUCAGAAGUAGUGCUGCUGAGGAUCUUUUUCAAGAGCCUUCAGAAAGUGAGAGUGAUCAAAAUGUGUGGAAUGCCAGUGCCGCCUUGAAAAGAGACAGGUGGAACAGUGAUGAUGAAGAGUCUGCAGGGACAUCAAAGACUGACUCUCCUGAAUUUGCUGAUACAACAGACAUUGUUUCUGAAGAAGAGCUAGCUCAGUUGGCUCAAAUUCAACCACUGAUAUUCAAUUUUAAUGAACGAUUAGCCAUCAAGAAUUGUUUGAAAAUGCUUGCAAAUAAAGUAGCAGAAAAUGGUACCACUCAGGAAUUUAUGGAUUUGGAACUUAAGAAUCUACCUGGUGAGUUCAACUAUGGGAAUGAACCAUUGAACAGAGAAAAAAACAGAUACAGAGAUAUUCUUCCAUAUGAUUCAACACGUGUUCCUCUUGGAGAAAGCAUGGACUACAUCAAUGCUAGUUAUAUUAGAAUAGUCAAUCAUGGAGAAGAGAAUUUUUAUAUUGCUACCCAAGGACCACUGCCACACACUACAAAUGACUUCUGGCAAAUGGUUUUGGAAAAUAAUUCUGAUGUUAUUGCCAUGAUAACCAGAGAUGUGGAGGAUGGAGUUACGAAAUGCCACAAUUACUGGCCCAUUUCACUGAAGACGCCUUUGGAGUUGAAACACCUUCGUAUCUUCCAGGAGAAAUACCAGAUACUUAAAUAUUUCAUCAUUCGAAUAUUUCAAAUUGUGGAGAAGUCUACAGGAACUAGCCACUCUGUAAAACACUUGCAGUUCACUAACUGGCCAGACCAUGGCACUCCUACUUCAGCAGAUGAUUUCAUAAAAUAUGUUCGUUAUGUAAGGAAGAGCCACCUUACAGGACCUAUAGUGGUUCAUUGCAGUGCUGGUGUAGGCCGAACAGGGGUAUUCAUAUGUGUGGAUGCUGUGUUCUGUGCUAUUGAAAAGAACUUUUCAUUCAGCUUUGAGAAUAUAGUGACCCAAAUGAGAGAACAACGUUCUGGCAUGAUUCAAACAAAGGAGCAGUAUCAAUUUUGCCAUGUAAUUGUGCUUGAAGUUCUUCGGAAACUUCUGAGUUUGAAUUGA